AUGUCUACUGUGUUGAAGGAAUCCAAGAAUCAAAAAUUUGUUGCUUUAAUUGACGAGCUUAUAUCCAAAGUUGGGUUUGAUAGAGUUGUUGCUGGGUUUGUUUCAUACAUUCUCCCGUCUUCAAAUAAGGAGCCAACUAACGAAUUGACAACCUCUCGAUCUCAUUAUUCUCGUGCCUGGCUUGCUGCUGAAAUGUUGUGCACGUGGAAAUGGCAUGGUGGGAGUGCUAUUAGUUCUUUCGUACCUGUACUGAGGGCAUACGCAACAAGUGAAAAGUACUGUCCAGAGGACGGCUUGUUAGAUUCUAUUGCCACCAUUUUGCUUGACGGUGCUCUUGUCCAAGAGCCAAUUGGUGAAUCCAAUCUAUAUCCUAUUUCAUGUGAUGAAGUGGAGAAUAUUGAAGAACCCUUUUUGAGAGCUCUUGUAUUGUUGUUGUCUUCUCUCUUUAGAGAUAAUGUAUGGGGAAAGGACAAAGCUACUUUCUUAUUUAAACUGCUUCUAAAUAAACUUUUUGUUGGUGAGGCCAUGAACUUGAAUUGUUUGAGGAUUCUUCCCCCAAUUAUGGGUGUUCUUAUUAUACCACUGAGCAUUGGAUCCAGUAAAGAUGUUCAACCUGAUUCUUUUGGGGAAAAAGAGUUGCAUGAUACAAUUACGGACUGGCUCCGGAGAAUUCUGUCAUUCCCACAUUUAAAUGCAUGGCAAACAGGAAAAGAUAUGGAAGAUUGGUUCCUGUUGGUUAUUUCCUGUUAUCCCAUAAGUGCAACGGGUGUCAUGAAAGAGUUGAACCAGGAGAGAUAUAUCAGCUCUGCGGAGAAAGCACUUCUGCUUGAAUUAUUUCGGAAGCAGAGGCAUAACGCUGGUUCAUUAGCUGCAGUUAAUAAGCUGCCUGUUGUACAGAUUUUGUUAUCAAAGUUAAUUUUAGUUGCAGUCGCAUAUUGCUGGAAGGAAUUUGUUGAAGAUGAUUGGGAGUUUGUUCUAUAUUAUCUGAGACGGUGGACUGAAGCUGCAGUUGUAACCAUGGAGGAAGUUGCUGAAAAUGUGAAUGAUGCUAUCAUAAACAGCUCCACCUCUAGUGAUUUGGAAGUUAUUCUAAAGAAGCUUGAGCAUGCUGUGCUGGUUUCAAACCCUUCUCCAAUGAAACUUGCAAGAAAUGCUCUGAUUACAUUUUCGGCAUUUCGCGGACUUGUUGGACAGAAUAGCAAAGGAGAUGCAGAGAAUUCGAAUCCCUGGAGGACUGAGAGAUGGGAGCUCAUCAAAGAUCGAAUUCUAGAGGGCAUUCUUCGUCUAUUCUUUUCCACUGGUGCUGCUGAGGCAAUGGCAAGUUCCUGCAGCCACGAGGCUUCAUCUAUUAUAGCAUCCUCCCGACUUGAUCAACUUCACUUCUGGGAUUUAGUUGCUUCCAGUGUUGUGGAGUCCUCUUCAAAUGCUAGAGAUAAGGCUGUAAAAUCAGUUGAAAUUUGGGGACUAAGCAAAGGGCCAAUUAGCUCUUUGUAUGCCAUCCUCUUUUCCUCCAAACCAGUUCCUUCUUUGCAGUUUGCUGCUUAUGUCAUUCUGUCAACAGCACCUGUAUCACACUUGGCAUUUGUAAGAGAGAGCACAUGUUUCGUGGAUGGGCAUACCGAUGGUAACCAGGAUUCUUGUCGUAUUGACUUUUCUUUAGAAGAAAAUGUUCAUCUGAGGGAGGAAAUUUAUUUGAUGCUUGAAAAAUUACCUUAUGAGAUUCUUGAAAUGGAUUUGGUGGCACCUGAACGGGUGAAUGUGUUCCUUGCUUGGGCUUUGUUUCUGUCACAUCUACUAUCCUUGCCAUCGUCAUCACCUGCAAGUGAGAGAUUGAUUCAAUGCAUACAAGAUUCUGCUAAUUCAACAGUAUUGGAUUGCCUUUUCCAGCAUAUUCCAGUGGAACUGUUCAUGGUUCCCAGCUUAAGGAAGAAAGAAUUGGAACCUCCCCCUGGGGUAUCAGAAGCUGCAACUGCGGCAACAUGUGCCAUCACAACCAGUUCAGUGCUCUUUUAUGUAGAAUCUCUGUGGCCUGUUGGACCAGAGAAAAUGGCCUCACUUGCUGGUGCAAUAUAUGGUCUGAUGCUGCGCAUUCUCCCUGCUUAUGUUCGAGGAUGGUUUACUGAUAUACGUGAUCGUUCAAUAUCAUCUGCAAUCGAGUCUUUCACAAAAGCAUGGUGUAGCCCACCUUUAAUCACAAAUGAACUGUCACAGAUCAAGAAAGCCAGUUUUGCUGAUGAAAACUUUUCAGUUAGUGUAAGCAAAGCAGCCAAUGAGGUUAUUGCGACCUAUACAAAGGACGAGACAGGAAUGGAUUUAGUAAUUCGUCUUCCUGCAUCUUACCCACUACGACCUGUGGAGGUAGAUUGUACAAGGACCCUAGGCAUUAGUGAAUUGAAGCAGAGGAAAUGGUUAAUGUCAAUGAUGUCAUUUGUUCGCAAUCAGAAUGGAGCCCUAGCUGAAGCAAUACGUACAUGGAAGAGCAAUUUUGACAAGGAAUUUGAAGGUGUUGAGGAGUGCCCAAUCUGUUAUAGUUUUAUCCACACUGCAAACCAUAGCCUUCCCCGGCUUGCUUGCAAGACCUGCAAGCACAAGUUCCAUUCAGCCUGCCUAUAUAAGUGGUUCUCCACUUCUCACAAGUCAACUUGCCCCUUGUGCCAGUCUCCAUUUUGA